UCGAUUGAAUCCAUAGAUCGUUGCUUAUUCUCCUUAGAUCAUCAAGGAUCGAACAAAUCUAAUUUUUCCAACCUAGCUCUGAACAAUCUUUGCACAUAUACAAAAACGAUCCAUUAAUUUCCUAAAUAGUUGAUCGGAUCCUGGGCGAAUGUUGAUGAUCCCUUCCUGCCUGCAUGCAGUGUGACGUGGGGCAUGUACUGUGCUCGCCGUGCCGUGACAGGCUCAAGGACAAGCGCAGGUGCCAUGUGUGCCGUGGCCGCACCACCGGUGGCUUCCGCCGGUGCCACGCCAUGGAAAGCGUGGUGGAGUCCGCCCGCGUCGCGUGCCCGAACGCGGCCUACGGCUGCACGGCCAGCAGGCCCACCGCCAGCAGUGCCCACACGCGCCCUGGCGGAGCCCCGGCGACGCCUGCAGUUUCGUCGUCGGCCGGAUGGAGGUGCUCCUGGUCCACCUCGCCGACGCCGGCGUCCACGGGUGGCCGUGCUCCGCCAGGGUCAGGACCUGCGAGAUGUCGAGCCGCAUCCGCCUCAAGGACGGCUUCAACUUGGUCCGCGCGCCUCGACAACGACCAUGGCAGGGCCGACAGGCAGUGCCUGUUCCUGAUGGACGUGGUGCGCCAGCCGCAGAGCCGCGCCGUCUCCGUGCUCCUCCACCCCCGCGCCGCCGCCGUCGACGACCAGCGCCCGUGCUGCUUGAAGAAGAUGACUUGCGAGCUCAUCACCAACUCUAUGGACGACUGGCUGCAGACCAAGUUCGUGGUAACGUGCGCGGAUCUCUCCGGCGGGCGGCGGCACAACCCGGACGAGCGGUUCCAGGUCGUCGUGCCGGAUUGCGUUCUUGAUAACGGCGAGAAUGCUCCUAUCAGCGUUGAGUUCUGCAUUCAAAGAUUCCCUUGACUUGGUGAUCGAGGCAUUUAAUUUUGCUAUUUUCUAGUGCUUGGAUGUUUGCUGUGGGAGUUGAUCAAACUGUGGACUUAAAACAUGCCUAAUUUCAAAGGCUAAUCCCAGUGCAAGAUUUUAUGUUGAUGUUUCCAAGAUA